AUGGAAGAUAGAGCUGAGAAAGCUGCUCAGAAAGGGUCAAAGACAGAAAGAUGGUGCUGGCGGUUAAUUCUGUUAGUAACUGUAGCUCUGGUUGCCACUAUGGCUGCACUCACUCUCUUGAAGUAUUUCAAGCAUUCCAAUUCAAGUCGUGUCUCGGGUCGCCCCGGCCCCAUAGUGCAAAAAUACUCAGAAGCUCUUCAACUCUCCAUGCAGUUCUUUGAUAUCCAGAAAUCUGGUAAGCUUGUGGAUAAUCCGAUUCCGUGGAGAGGGGAUUCGGGGCUCCAAGAUGGGAGUGAGGAGGAUUUGGAUUUGUCAAAAGGACUGUAUGAUUCAGGGGACCUCAUCAAGUUUGGGUUCCCCAUGGCUUUUACUGGAACUGUGUUGUCUUGGGGAAUUCUUGAAUAUGGAGAUCAGAUGAAAGCGGUGAAGCAAUUGGAUCAUGCCCAUGACUCGCUUAAAUGGAUCACUGAUUACCUUAUCAAUGCACAUCCUUCUCCCAAUGAGCUCUAUAUUCAGGUGGGUGAUCCUGACUUGGACCACAAGUGUUGGCAGAGACCUGAAGUCAUGACAGAGGAAAGGCCUCUGAUUCAAAUUAACACAUCUUUCCCAGGAGCAGAUGUUGCAGCAGAAACUGCAGCAGCUAUGGCAUCAGCAUCUCUGGUUUUCAGGAAAAUCAACUCCUCUUAUUCGAAGUUGCUCCUCAUCCAUGGCCAGCAGCUGUUUGCUUUUGCUGAUACUUACAGAGGUUCUUAUAGUGUCAGCAUACCCCAAGUGCAGACUUACUACAACUCUACGGGAUAUGGAGAUGAACUCUUGUGGGCAGCUACCUGGCUCUAUCAUGCCACUGGAGACUUGACAUACUUGAAAUAUGCAACCGAACAGAACGGCCCGGCAUUUGCUAACUGGGGAAGUCCAUCUUGGUUUAGUUGGGACGACAAGCAUGCUGCUACUCAGGUUCUACUGUCCAGGAUAAGUUUCUUUGGUACAAAAGAUAUCUCAUUUGCAGAGAACAUGGACCUUCAAAAGUACAGAGAAACUGCAGAGGUCUUCAUGUGUGGACUUCUACCUGAUUCGCCCACGGCCACAUCCAGCAGAACAGCCAGUGGUCUGAUAUGGGUGAUAAAAUGGAACUGUCUGCAGCAUGCUGUGGCUUCAGCAUUUCUAGCCGUUCUCUAUAGUGACUACAUGCUUACAUCCAAGACUGAAGUGCUGUAUUGUGAUGGGAAAUUCUACAAGCCUACCGAUCUUCGUAACUUUGCCAUUUCUCAGGUAGAUUAUGUGUUGGGCGAAAAUCCAAUGGAGAUGAGCUAUCUUGUUGGGUAUGGGAGCAAGUACCCUCAGUAUGUGCACCACAGGGGAUCUUCAAUUCCAGCUGAUGCACAUACCGGCUGCCAGGACGGGUUUAAGUGGCUGAAUUCUUCCAAUCCCAAUCCAAAUGUAGCUGUUGGUGCUCUAGUUGGAGGCCCCUUCCUGAAUGAAACCUAUAUCGAUAACCGGAACAAUUCGAUGCAAGGUGAACCAAGCACUUACAAUAGUGCACUCAUUGUGGCCCUCCUCUCAGGCUUAGUUACCAGUUCUUCAGUUGCCAAGACUUUCUCAUAGAAGGGCACUCCUAUAUAAUCGCUCUCAUUUUUGUACAAUAUGUAG